AUGAAAGUUGGAGUCUCUGUAUUGCUCAUUAGAGGUUUUCCUCUUUCAGUUUCCUACUAUGUUGGAAUCUUGGGGACUCACACUGAGAUCAAGAAAGUGGCAGACGAAAAGGUCACUUUGCCCUGUCAUCACCAACUGGGGCUUCCAGAAAAAGACACCCUGGAUAUCGAAUGGCUGCUCACUGAUAAUGAAGGCAACCAAAAAGUGGUAAUCACUUACUCCAGCCAUCAUGUCUACAAUAACUUGACUGAGGAACAGAAGGGCCGAGUGGCCUUUGCUUCCAAUUUCCUGGCAGGAGAUGCGUCCCUGCAGAUUGAGCCUCUGAAGCCUAGUGAUGAGGGCCGGUACACCUGCAAGGUGAAGAAUUCAGGGCGCUAUGUGUGGAGCCAUGUCAUCUUAAAAGUCUUAGUGAGACCAUCAAAGCCCAAGUGUGAGUUAGAAGGAGAACUGACAGAAGGAAGUGACCUGACUUUGCAGUGUGAGUCAUCCUCUGGCACAAAGCCCAUUGUGUAUUACUGGCAGCGAAUCCGAGAGAAGGAGGGAGAGGAUGAGUAUCUGCCUCCUAAAUCUAGGAUUGACUACAACAACCCUGGGAGGGUUCUGCUGCAGAAUCUCACCAUGUCCUCCUCUGGACUCUACCAGUGCACAGCAGGCAAUGAGGCUGGGAAGGAAAGCUGUGUGGUGCGAGUCACUGUGCAGUAUGUGCAAAGCAUCGGCAUGGUUGCAGGAGCAGUGACGGGCAUGGUGGCUGGAGCCCUGCUGAUCUUCCUCUUGGUGUGGCUGCUGAUCCGAAGAAAAGACAAAGAGAGAUAUGAGGAAGAAGAGAGACCUAAUGAAAUUCGGGAAGAUGCUGAAGCCCCGAAAGCUCGCCUUGUGAAACCUAGUUCCUCUUCCUCAGGCUCUCAGAGCUCACGUUCUGGUUCUUCCUCCACUCGCUCCACGGCAAAUAGUGCCUCACGCAGCCAGCGGACACUGUUGACUGAAGCAGCACCCCAGGCAGGGCUGGCCACUCAUGCAUACAACCUAGUGGGGCCAGAGGUGAGAGGUCCUGAACCAAAGAAAGUCCACCAUGCUACCCUGACCAAAGCAGAAACCACACCCAGCAUGAUCCCCAGCCAGGGCAGGCCCUUCCAAACUGCCUGAACUAGAAUGGACUUGACUCCCAUGCUUUCCUAGGAGUCAGGAUCUUAGGACUUUCUAGUCUUCGAAGCUCAGUCACCAGCCACACAACCCCCUCAAACCAGAUGAGCGGUCACUUACAUAAUAGUGAGCAUUGCAUGGAACAGAUUCAAAUGAGCACUCUCCUUGUAUGACACCAAACAAGAAAAAGGAUGUAAGCUGAUCAUCUCCAAAAAGGCAUCUCAUUGUGACUUUAGACAAGAGUGGGGGAAAGCAGGGGUCCAAAUCUGUGUUUGUUGACCAGGACCUGUGGUGAGAAAGGCUGGGUAAAAGGGAAGUGAACAUACGUAAAACUCGUAAAACUUCUCACUUGAGAUGUUUUGUAUCUAUACUUCGAUUCACCAUUGUCAAGAAGAAAUGAGGUGUUCAUAAAUUUUCUAUGCAUUUCUGCAAACCUACUGGAUUGUUGUGGUUAUUCAGAGUCAAGCAGAACCCACAGCCUUACAUUACACCUUUCUGCAGCAUGUAUUGGACUGACCGCUUCUAAGACACUCCAAAAAAGGAAACAUUUUCUGUCUCUUCUGUUCUGGCUUGACUUCAUUUACCAUAUGGUUUAGAUAUUAAUUUCAAGAGAAAAUGAAAUAUUGGGAGAUGGAGAAUAAUUUUCUCCCACUCUAUCCACCAUUAAUCUUCCUGUACUUGUAUUGAACCAUAGUAGAACUAAAAAAGGAAUACAAAAUGUGUGACAAGGGACUGUGAAAAACUUCCCAUCUUACUGAUGCUCAGAGGGUCACGGACAAAUAUUAGAAAUAUAUAUUGGAACAACUGUGGAUUUUCUCUCAAAUCAGAUGUCUCUAAGGACUCCUCUGCUGGAUAUCUCUGGAGCAGGAAAACAUUCACUACAUGUCAUUUAACAAUGUCCUUAGAAAGAAGUCAUGUAGUGAAAAAGUGAUCUUUUUAAGAUGCUGCAAGAUCAUCUGACAUACUUUAGUCUUUCUGAGAACAUACAAAACCAGAAUUUCAAGAUUACUAGACUAGAAAGGGAGAUUAGAUCCAUUUUCUUAAUAUGUCACAGAGCAGUCUAAGGAAGUUUAGAAUUGCACCAAACUUGGAGCUUUCUUCAUUUUAGUUUUAAGAGAAGGACGUGAACCUGGGACUUUUGAUGAUCCUAGGCCUAAAAUUAUCAGAAAGAUCAGAGAUUGCCAAUGUUUCCUACUGGCACUGCAAGAAUAUCAAAAUCCUUUCUGCCUGAGAAGUUAAAGAGAAUUCAGUAUUUUACCAGCUUAGCUUCUAAUGAAGUCUAGCUAUGGGCUGGAGGGAAAUGGAAUGAACACCUAGGUAAGAGAUGGUAAGGAAAACUAGUGAGUGGCAGAAUUCUGGGUUAGUGGCUGUUAUCAUUUUAAUUGUCAGCAUCUUGGGAGGAAUUUGCAGAAAUGAUUCACCAGGACAGCUCUCAGAAGAGUUGAUUCAUAAAAGAAAGUUGUCUGACAAAAAUUUUUAAAAAGCAGCAGCCUUCAGUAUAACAACUUGCCCUUUUAAUAUUUUUGACUACUCUGCUACUCAAAUUCAUCCUAUGCAAGAAUUCUGCACCUGAAUUAGCCCCUCAAGGACCCUAGUACAAACAGCAACAGAUCACCAUUUGUAGAGCGAAAGAUUUAUUAAAAAGGCAGCAGGCUACAGGAAAGAAAAAGUAAUACUGAAUAUGGUGAUAAAAGCAUUGUUUCUAAAAUGGGAAUUAGAUGCUUACAGGAACGGCUGAUAUUGGAAUAUGCCCUAGUUCUCUGGUUUUUCAUUUCUACACUAAUUCUCACAACAGUGUCCUCACAUAGUGCACGUGUUAUUUCCUUCUAAAGUUCUUUAAGAAAUAGGGGUUUAUCCUUGGGUGAAAGCUUUCAUCUGAGUUUUGUCUUACUCUAAAAAAAGAUGGGAAAUAAGAGACAUUGUAGAGUAAAGAAUGUCUGCUGCUAGUUUAAGAGGGCUAGGAUAUUUGGAAUGUUUCUUAUAUACUACCACUGCCUCAUUGUAAGAUAUAAAAUCCCUUACUCUACUUUUUUUAUUCUCCUGGUAGUGGUAUCCAGGCAACCUAUCACUUCUGCUAUGUAAAUCUGAGAAGUCUCAUUCCCAGAGUACCUAGGCCAAAGGACACUAUGGCGGAUGCAGCAGCACCACCACUAGCAAUUUGCUCUGAUCAUUAUUUCCUACCUUUGAACCUAAGGUUUCCUGCCCAUGCCUUUGAAAGCAGGAAUCAGUCCCCUUUGCAUGAAAAGGUGGUUUAGGUUAUUUAAGCAUGCAGUUAUUAGAAGACUAAAAUACUAUUUGAAUAUUCAGAUUAUUUUGGAACUCUAUUCACAAUGGAAAUCUACACAAAACAGAUUACUACCUAAAAUCUGAGAAAUUGUAGGAACUGAAGAUUCUGAGAGAUAAGGUGCUGAAGUCUUAGCAAUGAUAGUGCACUUCUCUGAGUGAGUGCACUUCACUUUUCGGUGCAGAUACAACAGGCUUAAGAUAACAAUUUGAGCCACUAUUGGUUUCAAACUACAUCCAUUAACUUUACAAGUCAAAUAAACUUGAAUCUUGAGUAUGAAACAAAGGAUAACAUAACUAAAUGACAGAAGAAAACAUGUUUGUAGGAAGAAGAUACAGACAGAAUGUGGAUGUUUAGAGAAUAAACAUUUCAAUCAACUAUAUAAACUAAACAUAAAAUUGUAAAAUAAUGAAGUUGAUGCCUUUGUUGUUACACUGUAUAAAAAAUUUCAGAAUUGCUGUUUCAACAGGACAUAUAUAAUUUUGCUUCAUUUCUGGUGUAAAGUUGUUUAUAUUUCAA